GGAUCUCUCACUUGGUGAGGAAGGGCUCGAAUAUCUGUAAAUUGUUGUUUUAGCAAAGUUCGAGUCAUCGAUUGCUUAUUGUUCAAUAAAUUAUUUUUAAACGUACCUGGGCCCACCCAAUUUCCAACUAAUCUCAUAUUACCCAGACAUGUCCACAGAAAGUGAGAGGAAGAGGAGAAGAAGGCAAAGACAAACGUUAGUUUGUGAGUUUUGCCGCAAAAGAAAGGUCAAAUGUGAUAAAGGCAACCCAUGUUCAACAUGUAGAAAAUACAAAAACACCGACUGUCUGUAUGCAGAAACUGGAAUCAACGGGUUAUCAAAUGGGAACGAAGGUAUGAUUCACGUAAUGAACAUAAAUUCAGGAGCACCUCCCAUUCCAGGCUCCCAGAUGACUGCGCCAUAUAUGUCCGCAGAUUCAACCGGCGAAUCCGUACUGGUGGCAAACUCAAUUGAACCACCACAAUACUCAACCCAAUCAUCAGUGGCGACUAAAUCUGACCUUGAGAUGGAAUUGGAAAGACUUAAGGAAAAAAUUAAGAAUAUUGAAGAAUCUGUCACGUCUUAUGAAAAACCGUUAACACCACAUUCAAACAGUACAGCAUCCCUCCCCAAAAAGGAAGAUGGGUCUUCGACAACAUCUAAUCGUUCAUCUAUUGCUACUUUUAUGGGGGGAACUGGGAACUCGAUAAGUCCUUCCAUGAGUAAUUCUGGACCUAGUCCGAAAUCUUUAUUUGCCACUGGGCAUUCUCUUACUCAAAAUUCAUUACCUCCAGUUCCACCCUUAAUUCCAGCACCGAUUUCAUCUUCAGCUCCUACAAAGACUUACCCGGGUGCUUCCACAACUAAUAAUCAAGGUCCAAACGCAACUCAAGUUCCUGGUCCAGCUCAAGCACCAUCUCCCUUUGCGCCAAUACUGAGAGGAUUUACUUCACUCCCACCUCCAUUUACAGUUCCACCAACUCUGCAAAUGCCAAAUUGUAAAUUUAAUUCACUUCUUGGUCAUAACCCGGUUGCAUCUGAAUAUGACACAAUAAAUUUUUAUUCUGGAUAUACUUCAAUCUACGAUAAGGAACCAAUGCGCCGAGCAAAUUCAGGUCCAUUGUCUUGGUUAUCUUUAAUGAGGAAAGAUGAAGGUUUAAGUUUAUUUAUGGAUUUCUUACAAUCACGAAAAAAAUUUCAAGAAGAGAAAAUGAAAGUAUUUUUACCUGGCCCCAAUGCUAAUACAACUGAAAAGAGAUUUGGAGAAGCAGCUAGUGAAUCAUUUGGAUUAAAUGAUAUAAAAUUAUACAAGAAUUCGAAAGAAGAAGUAGUCAAACCUUCUAAGGUUCAAAUCUUAUCCAAACCUUUAUAUAAAGAAGAAGCAGCAGAAGCGAAAUCCAAGUUUAAUGAAAGAGCAACAUCAUUAGGACUCAGCUUUUAUGCUGGACAAUUAGAAGAUGAAAUGGCAUUAUUGGAAGUAAUUGAAUUGAUUUUACCUCCCGAGAGUGUUAUUUGGCUUUUGAUCGAAAGAUUUUUCAGUCAUAUGUACCCAUUUUUCCCAAUUAUCGAUGAAGAAUAUUUCCGUAGAGAUAUUAGUAAAAUUAUAGGACCUGAAGGAUAUGAUAAUAGAAAGAAAGUCAAACUUACAAUUGAGAAGAAAUUGGAUUUUGCAACCUUAGGAUUAUUAUUACUCAUGUUAAGAUUUGGAUAUUUAACAUUACUUACAACCAUUGACUCAGUGAAUGAUAAAAAUUUACAUUCUACAGAUCCAUCCCCGCAAGCUCAAAGACUCAAGUUUUUGCUUAGUAACCCGAUAAAUAUAGAUACAGUUGAUGCAGCCCAAAAUUGUCUAAAUCAGUUCAAUUUGCUUCGAAGGGUUAAUAUGGCAGUCAUGCAACUUGCUUUUUUUACAAGAUGUUACCAUAUGUACGCCCCGGAAGAUGGUGAUGGGGCAGAUGGAGGUGACUCUCAAGUGUUUACUGCAACACUUGUUCAAAUGGCGCUCUCGCUUGGAUUAAAUAGGGAACCAGAUAAUUUCCCAGAUGUCUGUAAUGACGAAAAGAUGAAUAAUAUUGGUAGAAAGACUUGGUACCUUCUUCUUAUUUUGGAUAUGAAUAAUGCAAUGUCAUUGGGGUCACCUCUUAAUAUUCAUAGAUCUAUGUUUGAUACGAAGUUUCCAUUCUACAAGAAGGGAAAUGAAAAUAUUUUGGAUGUUGAUUUGGAAAUGAAAGUUUUAAGUACAACUUUUCCAAGAAUUGAUCGUAUAUAUGAUCCAAUGUCAGAUAUAAUUCAACAGGUUUUGAAUGUUAAUGGAGAUAUCAAUAUGGCCUCCUUAGCGCAAAAACUUAAUUUUAUGGAGAUGUAUUUUAUCCAAGAGUAUGGACGAUUGAGAUCUUAUUUUGCAGAGAAUGAAGAAUGUGAAAAUGAACCAAGUUUCCUUAAAACGAUAAAGAUGAAAAUUUAUUUUAGUUCAAAUUUCUUUUUGGUCUCGCUUUUCUUUCAUUUCUUUUGUUAUUAUGAAAAGAAGAAGAACAUUGAAUAUGCUUUUUACUAUUUGAAGAAAAUCUUUGUCAUUACGCAUGGUGACCUCAUGCCAUACUAUUUUGAACUAUUAGAAAACAAUCCCAAAGUAUUUAGGGAUUCCACAGAUUUGAUUGUUACACCUGGUUUCGAAUUGGUUAUUCAAAAGUCAAAUAUAGUUAAUUCUGCAAUUUUAAUCCGAAUUAGAUCAUGGCUUCUUUCUCUUCGUUGGAGUGAAAACCAUGAUAAGUUAUUACUUUCUAGCCAAGAAUACCGAGACCUCUUUAUGAAACUCACAAAAUUGGACCAACUACUUCAAAGAUGUAAUAAGGUCUUUCAAGAAGCCGCAGCCAGACUAAGUAAGAGGUAUUAUUACGCCUGGAGACAAGUAAAGGCAGGUGCAUUUGUUUUUGAUAUUCUUAAGGGAACCGAAUUCUACAGAGUUGCUCAAGACCGGAUGAAAUCGUUUGAUGCGAAGUUUUCACAAUCCAUGUUAGAUGAUAUGAUAUCAUUAUUCGAAGAAGCAUUAAGUAGAGUUCCUCACCAUCAACAUCAUCAUAAGAAGGAAUCUAAAAAGGCUGCUGGUACGACUCCUCUAGGAGCAACUGAACCACCAGCAUUUACUCAAGAUAAAGAUACACUGCUUAACACACCCACUGGUUCUACAAGCUCUACUGAUUAUAUGUUCACAGACAUGGGGACCACGGGAGAACUGAUCGACAAUAUUUGGUUACAAAUGCUUUCGAUUAAAAGAGACAACAAUCCACCAACUAAUAGUAACUUUUCCAUGACCGAUGGUUUCAAAUCGGCGCAUACACCAUCAUUUGAUGCUGGAAGUACUAUGAAUUUCCAGGAUGGUAACAAUAAUAUACCUGCUGGGUUCGAAACUGGUGACCUCGCAUAUGACACAUUAAGAAACACAUUCGAAAUUUUUGACGGUUUAUCAUUUGACGAUCUAUUCAGGAAAUAAGACGUCCUUGGUAUUGCCAUGUAAAUAGCUCUGUACAUAUACAUUAUGCCAUUAUAAAAUUAUAUAUAUGUAUACAUAUAUAUAUAUAUAUAUAUAUAUAUAAACUAUGCCCAUAUAAAUAAAAACUUAGCAAACUGUAUUUAGAU